ACAUUGGAUGCGAGACUUGAUUGGUAAAGAACUAUAUUUUAUUUAAAAUAUAGUUGAAACUUACCAAAUAAAAGAUGGGAAAAGGUUCCUUUCAUGACAAUCUUAAUCUUAAUACUCUAACCUUAGAGGAAGUUCAAAAGCAUAAUACUAAAAAAGACAGAUGGAUCAUCAUAGACGGUUCUGUUUAUGACGUGACAAACUUCGCUAAAAGACAUCCUGGAGGAGAGAAGAUUAUACAGGGUUAUGCUGGCCAAGAUGCAACGGAUGCUUGGACUGCAUUCCAUAUUGAUAGAUCAAUGGUUUCUAAAUAUAUGAAACCGCUUCUCGUUGGAAAACUCGAGCAUUCGACUGAAUAUAAAAAUUCAAAAAGGAAUAAAAUAGAAGAGGAUUUUCGCAAAUUGAGACAGAAAGUUGAAGAAAUGGGAUUAUUUAAGCCUAGUGUAUUGUUCUUUUCGUUUAUACUCGGUCAUAUUUUAGUCAUGGAGGCAAUUGGCAUUUUCAUAAUGUAUUAUUAUGGUACUGGAUGGUUACCCUAUGUUAUUGCUGCUAUAUUCCUUACUGCCGCUCAAGCCCAGGCUGGCUGGGCUCAGCACGAUUAUGGUCAUUUAAGUGUAUUACCUAAUAGCAAGUUAAACCAUUGGGCUCACAUAUUUGUUAUUAACUUUUUAAAGGGUGCUUCAUCCGACUGGUGGAACUAUAGACAUUUUAAUCAUCAUUCCAAACCAAAUGUUGUAAAGAAGGAUCCUGAUAUACGUCUCGAUAUGUUUUUUGUUUUGGGUAAAGUUAUUCCUAUUGAGUGGGCAAAGAAGAAGAAGGGAUUUAUGCCAUACCAGCAUCAACACAAAUACUUCUAUUUAAUUCUCCCACCUCUAUUACUUCCUUUAUAUUUCAACUACGAAAUUCCUUACUAUUUGUUGAGUCGCAAGCGUUACGGCGAUCUCUUUUGGAUGCUGACCUUUUUCUUAAGAUACGAAUUAAUAUUCUAUCCACUAUUGGGUUUCUGGGGAACUUUAGGAUUGUUUUUCUUCGUGAGAUUUAUUGAAAGUCAUUGGUUUGUAUGGACAACUCAAAUGAGUCAUAUCCCUAUGGAUGUAAAUUAUGAUCAAGACGAUGACUGGGUAACUGGUCAAUUAAAAUCAACAUGUAAUGUUGAACCGUCUCUAUUUAAUGAUUGGUUCAGUGGACAUCUAAAUUUCCAAAUUGAACAUCACUUGUUUCCAACGAUGCCAAGGCACAAUCUGAUUAAAGUGAAACCUCUUGUCAUGUCUUUAUGUAAGAAACAUAAUAUUAAAUAUCACGAGAAGACACUGUUGGAAGCUAUGGUUGACAUUCAUAAAUGUUUACGAGAGUCUGGAGAACUCUGGAUGGACUCCUACUAUCACAAGUAG